CACACACACACACACACACACACACACUGGCGGUCCCGUGUAGAGAGUAGUCUGCUGCCGGUCUCCACGGACGCGUCUCCUGUCUGGAUAUCGCUGUCAGCCUCCUUUAUUUCUCUGGAUUAUCUCCGUCGGAUGGUUUUCAACUCCAACUCGAUGCAUAGAAAUGGGUAAACUGCACUCGAAACAUGCCGCUAUUUGUAAACCGAGGGAGAGUCCAGAAGGCGACAGUUUUGUAGUGAAUGCCUGUGUGGCCAGGAAGGGCAUCGACGACUGGCUGCUGAAGCAGAAGUACUACUGCUCCGGCUCCGGCUCCGGCCCCGGCCCGGAGCGGCGCGCCUGUCACCUGAAGAGCGGCUGCGCUGCGCGGGACUCCAUGGCUGAUGCCUGCGCAGAAGGGAUAGGUGAUGAGCACUACCGCCUGGAAGUGGCUCUGCCCCCGGAGAAGACAGGCUGCUGUGUGGAGGAGAAGAUGCAGGAGAGGGACGUCCAACCCGCCGCCGGGCCGCAGAAGCAGCUCCAGUUUGAAGAGCUGGAGUGCGCCGUGUCGGUGGAGGAGGACAACAGGCAGGAGUGGACCUUCACCCUCUACGAUUUCGAUAACAGCGGCAAAGUUACGAGAGAGGACAUCACCAGCCUUCUCCACACCAUCUACGAGGUGGUGGACUCCUCCGUCAACCACUCGCCCAGCAGCAGCAAGACUCUGCGGGUCAAGCUGUCCGUGGCGCCCGACUGCAGCCAGCGGUGGAGGAGCUGUGCGCAGGGCGCGGCAGAUAUGCCUUACCCCAGAGAGAAAAACGACAAGUGCAUUGAAGACCCCAAGAGUGCAGAGAAGAAGUCCCGAGCGCUCCUCAGGCGCCACCACAGCGACCACCACGCCCAGCCCGGCUGCCAGCGCCACUGCGUGGACGAGAACCUGGAACGCAGGAACCACUACUUGGACCUGGCAGGCAUCGAGAACUACACGUCCCGCUUCGGAGCCGCCCCCGCCGCCGUGGAACCGAGUAAAGCAGAGGCGCAGGCCCGGUCCUCCCACCAGGCCCGUUCCCGCUCCCAGGAGGCGGAGAACGGCCACUCGCACCCCCCCCACCGCCGCCUGCAGGCCAUCGUGGAGACGGCCGCCCCGGACAACCUGCACGCCGUCAGGCCGCGGGGCCAGGACUCGGGGAGACACGGCGUCCGCUCCCCCAAGACCCACAGCCGCACGCCGCCGGCGCAGGCGGGCGGCCGGGUGAUGAGGAGCCGCGGGGCGCCCCCUCCCCCGGCCGCGCCCAGUCAGACCCCCCCCCACCAGGCCGCGGCGCCGUACCGCAAACACAAGCAGCGCUCCAAGGACGGCCAGGGCUACCGGGCGCUGGGCUCGCUGGCCUCGCCGGGGGCCGUGGUGGAGAAGGAGCAGGUGAGGGACCUGCCCAGCGUGCUGCUCUACGAGGGGGGGCUGGCGCAGGUGAUCCAGCGGCACGAGCAUCACCACCACCACGAACACCACCACCACUACCACCACUUUUACCAGUCCUGAACUUCUGCCCUGCUGGGGACGGCCCAGCGCUCCUGACCCCCCCUGACCGCCCAAACCCCCACCACAGACGUCUGAGGGAGCAGGAGGAUCAUGGGAAGGGGCGUCUCUGGGAGGAAAUACUAUUAACCAGUGUUAUUAAAAGGUGGGACAGACUUGGGUGUGCAGCAGCGAGACAGCGGUACGGGACUAACGACCACAACGAUGGAGGGGUGGCAGAGAGGGACCCACACAACUAACUCAUACCCCCCCACUUCUGACUCUGACCCUCUGGACUCUGCUACUCCCAACCAGCAUCACGACCCCUCCCAGGAGGAAGAGGAGGGACGACAGGAAGAAAGACUGUGACGUAAACGAUGAAAAAUAUAUGAAGGAAUGUGGUGGGCGGGAGAGGGGGCGUGGCCUGUGAAGCUGAAGCCUGAGUGUGUGUGUGUGUGUGUGUGUGUGUGUGUGUGUGAGUCUGGAGUGUCACGACACUGGUGUUUGUUGAGAACCACUUGAAGUGCGCUCGUGGGUGCGUGAGUUUUUAAAACAGGCUGACGAGCAGGUUUGUGAAGAUGAAAGCAUCGACGCUCGCCGAGCCCUGCGAGCAAGAACGGGAAGGAAAAAUAAAAGUUUGCAAUGUAAUGAGAUAUCCCAAAUCCGCUGCUACCUCUAAUUUCAUCCUAAUUGUUGUUGUAAUGGUGACAAAGUAUUUAGAAGUUAUUUUCUAACUGCUUCAAACUUAUUUUUGUUUGUUUUUUUUGAAAGACGAGGAAUGGUGAAACGGUCUGCAGCGCUGAAAUGUGGAGAAGCUCCUCACGUUGAUUACUAACAUUUGCUGUACAUAAGGUUAAUAUAUUGUUAUCGAUUUUAUAAGCUUUAUUAAUAACGUGAUAUCUUUGUAUUCGCUAUUUGAAGCUGUCAUGUUUGUCUUUUUGUUUUUUUUUUGUAACUGUGUUUUAUUAAGACCACUAGGAGCCCCGUGAGGCUCCACCUCCGA